AUGGAUGAAUUCGUGAAUGAUAAGGAGCUAGGAGAGCUGCAACGAGAGUAUGGUGACAAAGCUGAUCCUGGACCAUCUAGUCACAUUUUUAUAGAAUCUUCCCUCAAGAAGCUAUUGCAUGAUCCUGAUGUUCCUAAUGGUGCGAUCACAACUCUCCAGAGUACGUUUGAUGUGCAACCUGGAGGGAAUUUCAAAAUUGGAUCUAUUGAUAAAGACGAGGUCAUAACAAUUAGAACAUUUCUUGCUAUGGGAUUACAAGGAGACAUUUGCCCCUACAGAUCAAGAGAUAAGUGA